AUGGCAGACGGACCAACCCAUCACGCGAUCUUGGUGGGAAUCAAUGCCUAUCCAGAAAAACCUUUGGAUGGCUGUGUCCGAGAUGUUCAGCAGAUCCAGUCACUGCUCCAAAAGCAUACUAUUACAACCGAUAUCAAGUGCUUCACUGCUACUCCAAGCUCGCUACCGGACAAACCUGGGCUGCAGGAAGAUUCUGCUCACUGGCCAACCUACAACAAUGUGACAGCUGCUAUUAGAGAAGUCACAGCGGUCGCACAGCCCGGACACUGUGUCUAUAUACAUUUCUCAGGACACGGCAGCAGGAUAGCACCAAUGAGUGAAUUUUCGGAUCACGGAACUGGCGACCUGGCAUUUGCUCUCCUGAACAAAGAUGCGACCAUGAUUCAGCUACUUGGUGGCCAUAGAUUGGCUAUAUCGCUCAAUGCCAUGGUGAAUAAGGGGUUAGUUGUCACUCUUGUUCUGGACUGCUGCUUUUCUUCGAGCAUCUAUCGGUUAGAACGUAAAAAAGUUCGGUUCCUUCCUUUCAACGCUGAAACGUUUGUCGCCAACGAUGAUGAGUCUACUGAGACUACUGAAAAAGCCCGUUCGGGUUACAGAGAUGUAUCUAUGCAACCUAGUUGGCUAAUCGAUCCAAAUGGCUACGCUAUUCUCGCAGCCUGUGGUCCUCACGAGGAAGCAACAGAGGUUAUUCAGGGCGGAGUGGAACACGGUGCAUUGUCUUUCUUCCUAGCGCGCUGUCUUAAGGACUUUGGGAUUAAUAAAAGACAUCGAGACGUAUUCUAUCGCCUUUCGCCAAGUUUCAAAGAAAACGAACUGGACCAGACCCCAGCCUUGUACGGAAAUAAGAACCAAGAGUUUUUCGGACCGCAUACUCUAGCAACGACACGCCCUGUCAUACCCGCCUACAAAAGUGGACAGGAUGCUGUUUUUCUACAAGCUGGACAUGCACAUGGGUUCAGAGAAGGGGACGACUUCAUUUUGUAUCCUUCUGGGGUAGUCGACGACAACGACGCACUGCACAAUAAUGUUAUAACUGCUGAACUCAGUACCAUCGGUCCUCUUACAUCUGUGCUGCGUCUUACCGGCGCGGAGAAGAUGAAGGAGACUAAAUGCGUUGCUGAGCCUCAGACCAAGCAGUGCUUCCAUGAUUUUGCUAUAGCUUUCAGUGAUGAGGUUACCAACCCUGAAGAGUUGGUUGCAGCUUUCCGGAGAUAUUCACUUGCCGCGUAUCCUGUGUCAGAAAAACGCCCUUUUUGGUUCGUACUACAACUUGUUGGCGAUGAGUACAAGAUAUACAACAAGGACGGCAAGCAACUCGAGAAUCUGCCUGUGUUGAAACGGGAUGUUUUCAGCCCAGAGGACAUUGCUGCCCUUCUCGAACACAUCGUGCGAUACGAAUUUGCAAAAUCGCUCAAAAAUGACACUGUAUCAUCCAAGUUUUUGUCGUCAUUUGACAUUGGCAUCUUGACUCGAUCCAAAACCAGCUUCAGUCCCGAUACCACAGUCGAAGUCGAAGAGGAUGCCACCAACAAGUACAUGUUUGAGCUGACCGUGCAAAACAAAACCUCUGAAGAACUAUAUCUUCAUAUUUUCAGUCUCGGCCCUUUCUGGCAGGUGGAGAAUGUGUUCUAUGGGCAUGCUGUUAUCCCUCCAUUGAAGGAUGAAGAGGGUUUUACGGGACGAUUUAACAAGAAGAUGAGGACCAUGGUACCCAAAGAGAUGAGGGCGAAGGGGCUAAGGCAGUGUGAUGAUACUUUGAAGGUAAUUGUAACAUCUCACCCAACAUCUUUUGACCUGUUGGAGCUUCCCAAGAUUGGGGGGUUGCCAAAGAAACGAAAGGGUGAAGUAUCCCGAUCAGUGAUUAAAGAAGCUGAGCAGUGGGUUGCUUUCAAUUUUCCGCUGAGGACCUCACUCCCGAUGUCCCAGAUAUGA